GACCGCUAGCAAAACUAAACAAAUAAUGUUUUUAGAAAAAUUCUGUGUUAAACAAUUUUGAAUUCUCUUUCAGUCACUCAUUGAGUUGCUUUGAAAUAAAAGGAAUAAAUUCUUAUUGGGGGAAAAAUCAUUAAAAUUAUGUCUUAUACAAGACAGUACUUUUUCUGAUUUAGUUAUAAAAUUAAAUAAAUGUUUGUAUUCUUCCCGCCUUAGAGCGAAGAAAACUAAUUUGAGAUGUUUUUAGGCCGCCUUAAUGUUGGCAUACUUCUGAUUUUCCUAUUAGUUCGAUUGUUAGGAGUAUUAAUUGUUCAAUCUGCUUUCGUUCCUGAUGAAUAUUGGCAAUCUCUGGAAGUAUCUCAUAAAAUGACAUUUUGUUAUGGUCAUCUAACCUGGGAGUGGGUCAAAGGAAUUAGAAGUUGUGUUUACCCACUUUUGUUUCAUAUUCUGUAUAGUAUAUUCCCAGAUUCGUUAUUAGUCAGAGUUUAUAUACCAAGGAUUUUUCAAGCACUGUUAUCUGCACUAGGAGAUUUUUUUACUUAUAAACUUGCAUCGGAACUUUUUGGACAGAGAUGUGGAAUGUGGACUGUCUUUAACAUUCUCGCAUCAUGGUUUUUGUUUUAUAGUUCUUCAAGAACUUUGACUAAUAUGGCUGAAGCUUCUCUUACUGCAUGUGGAUUAUAUUUUUAUCCUUGGGAGAAGGAUAAAGGAUUGGGAUAUUUAUGGUUUGCUGGCGCAAGUGUUAUGAUGCGUCCAACUGCCAUUGUUUUGUGGUUGCCCUUGUUUCUGUGGCAUGUACAACGAGGAAAAAGUGUUGUUUCUAUUCUAAAAGGGACAUUUAAAAUUGGAUUGGUGCUUCUGCUUGGUUUACUGAUUGCAGACAGAUGGUGUUAUGGGUACUGGAUUUUUACACCAUAUAAUUUCUUUUUAUUUAACUGGACCUUCGACAUUGGUUCAUUUUAUGGGAGCCAUAACAUUUUGUGGAAUUUUGCAGUUGGUUUGCCUACUGUUUUAGGUGUUCACAUUGUGCCAUUUGCAAUAGGAUUUAACUUACCACAGUUAAAGCCAUUCUAUUAUUUAAUCUUUUGGAUAUUAAUUAUAUUUAGCAUACCAAGUCACAAGGAAUUUCGUUUCCUUCUUCCUAUCAUGCAUAUCGCUUUAAUGACGUCAAGUGUUGUUAUGUAUAGAAUAUCAACUAACAAACUACGGGUUUUUGGAUAUGAAGUGAAUAAAACUUUUAAUGUUAUUUUGAUAGCAGCAACUCUACUAGUUAAUAUUCCACUAUCUAUUUACAUGGGUUUAUUUCAUCAAAGAGGGUCUAUAGAUGCAGCUUUACGUUUAGCUGAUUUAGUAACUGAAAAUUCAAAUGUUCUUUUUCUAAUGCCAUGUCAUUCAACUCCUUAUUAUAGCUAUAUACACAAGAAUAUAUCUAUGAAAUUUUUAACCUGUGAACCAAACUUUGAGAAUGCAGAUGGCUAUACUGAUGAAGCUGAUGAGUUUUUUGAAGAUCCUAUGGAAUGGUUAACUAAAACUUAUGACUCAAAUAGCAAUCAGUUAUUGCCUACACAUAUUGUGAUGUUUGAUAAACUGUAUGACAGCAUUUCAAUAUUUCUAAAGAAAUUUCAUUAUGAACAUUGCUUCAAUGCAUUUCAUUCUCAUUUUGCAGAGGGAAAUGUUGGGAAUUUUGUGUAUAUUUUCUGUAAAUAAAAUUUAUUUAAUGUAGCUAUA